AUGUCGCCGCGGGGCGCGGAGGCCGCGGCGGACGCGGCGGCGGUGGCGGGGCCCGGUCCGGCCUCGCCGCGGCCGCUGUUCGGCGGCUGCUGGAGCUGCCGCCUGCUGAGCGGCGCGGGGCUGCUGAUGGCCGCCGUCUGGGUGUACCAGGGGCCGCGGAACGUCAUGAAAAAGGGGAUCCCGCCCUCCAUGGGCGCCAUCGCCCAGAUCACCUUCGCCGCCGGUCUGGCCGGCUGGGCCAUCGUCAUCCUCGCCGACCCCGUGGGGCGCCGGCAGCGCCGGGAGCCCUGAGGGGGCCCC